CAUGCCAUUAAUCACUCACUUGUCCCAAACUUCAACAAAUUAAUUUCUUUGUAAGUACAAGAGUUAAACCCCAAACGUACCAUAUCCAAACUGCAUCUGUCUUCGUUACAGGUUACACUCAAAAUACAAACAUGGCGAAAGUCGUGUACAUGGCUUUACCUUUCCUCGCACAACCACACAAAACCACCAAAGCUUCUUCUUCAUCAUCAUCAUCUUCUUCAAAUCCAUUGAAGCUUCCACAUAGAACACGCAGCACCAACAUAUCCAUUCCAUCAUCUACCAACGUUGCUGCUAACCGUUCUCUUAAACCCCAGAAGCUUAAUUCAGAUGUUUCUCCUCACAGGGCUGUGUCUGCGGUGAGAUUGAUGAGAAUUGAACUUGGUGGUGCUUUUGCUGACCUUCUUAAUGAGAAAGGGAAAGGUUCUGGUGAAAAUGAGAUGGGAUAUGUUCAAAGAACUCUUGGCUUUCGCACUCGAGAAUUGAAUAAUCAAGACCUCAGAUUGGUUACAGACAUUGUUGGGGGUACAAUUCGUUGGAGGAGAUACCUUGAUCAUUUAAUCAGUUCAUUGUGUCAUGAUAAAGAUAUAUCUAGUAUGGAGCCUCUUCUCUUACAGAUUCUACGAAUUGGCUUCUAUGAGAUUCUCAAAUUAGACAUGCCACCUUAUGCUGUUGUAGAUGAGAAUGUGCAGCUUGCUAAAGCUGCUCUCAGGCCGGGUGCAGGGAACUUGGUCAAUGGAAUCCUCCGAAAGCUAGUUGUGCUCAAGGAAAAUGAAACUCUGCCUUUACCCGAAGUAGAGGGCGAUGAUCGUUCUCAAGCACGUGCUCUGGCAACUCUCUACUCACAUCCAGUUUGGAUCGUCAGGAGAUGGGCAAAGUAUCUUGGUCAGGAAGAAACCAUUAAAUUGAUGAUAUGGAACAAUAGUGAACCGAGUUAUAGCUUAAGAGCAAAUCGGGCAAUAGGUUUUUCAAGAGAUGACCUUGUGACACAGCUUAAUACGUUGAAUGUCCCACACAAGCUUUCUUUGCAUUUGGAUGAUUUUGUUCGCAUCAAAACUGGGUUGCAGACCAUCAUUCACGCCGGCCUACUCAAAGAGGGUUUAUGUUCCGUUCAGGACGAGAGUGCAGGUCUGAUAGUCUCUAUUGUGGAUCCUCAACCCGGUGAAACCAUCGUUGAUUGUUGUGCUGCUCCUGGUGGAAAGACCCUCUACAUGGCCUCUCAUUUAAAUGGACAAGGCAUGGUAUACGCAAUUGAUGUAAAUAGUGGUAGGUUGAGAAUUCUUAAAGAGACAGCAAAGUUGCAUCAAGUAGAUGGUGUUGUUACCACUGUUCAUGCCGAUCUUCGUACAUUGACUGACGGUGAACCACUUAAGAGUAACAAAGUUUUGUUGGACGCACCGUGCUCAGGGCUCGGUGUUCUUUCAAAGAGAGCGGACUUACGUUGGAAUAGAAAGCUGAAAGAUAUGGAAGAAUUGAAGGAAUUACAGGAUGAACUCCUCGAUGCAGCAUCCACAUUGGUAAAACCUGGGGGAGUAUUAGUAUAUAGUACAUGCUCCAUAGAUCCUGAAGAGAAUGAUGAGAGGGUAGCUGCAUUUCUAUCAAGACAUCAUGAUUUUCGCGUUGAUCCUGUAGACAGAUAUGUUCCACCUGAUUUCGUGACGCCAAAUGGUUUCUAUUUCUCCAACCCAGUUAAACAUUCACUUGAUGGCUCUUUUGCUGCUCGUUUGGUACGCGCUUUGUAAAAUGGAUUUCAGGGAACUCCUUCAUCACUCUAUCUCGAAUUGGACCUCAAAAGAUGCUGCUUACGGAUUGCUGGUUUGUUUCUGCGAUGGCUUGUCUCUCCAAUUCAGCAUUUACUGAAUUCUGGCCCGGUCCACAACACAGGGUCUCACAUUUCUAUACGCGAACCACACAACAACUUGACAUGGGAAAAAAAACUUGUGGUAAGCAAGAGUGUUCUGAUCUCACUCUUAAUUUCAUUACCACUACAUUACAUAAGAUUAAGAGCAAGUUACAUGAGAUUAGCAAACAGAAACACUAAUAAACUCCAAAUUACUGAAUAAUAUUACAUAUGUUUUGAAUUUUAAUUGACUAUUCAAUACAAUAGAUAUUUUUUAAA